GCAGUGAGAAUGGGAGGGAGGAAGGGAAGGAAGUUUGCAACGUUUACUCCAAAGAUAAGAUCUGUGGUUUACUCGGCGGGCCGGCCGGCGGGAGGAAGGGGAGGGUUCACCAAGUCCCAGUUCGCCGCCGGCAACAGCUGCAUACGCAUUGAGAAACAUUGGAAAUGGAUUACAUUGUGCAGUUUCUGAACUGGAUCUAUGGUGGAAUUGAAGCAGUAUUUUGUGUAGCAGAUUUUAUGCUGUUUUAUUUUGUUGUGAUUUCAGUUACUGGAUUAGUUAUAAGUUACAUUUAUACAAAGCUCUUGCCCAAAGAUGGAUUAACACCUGAAGAAGACACCACAUCUAAUAGAAAGCUCAGUGCAAGUGGAGAAACGUCGGAAAUAAAGGAACCAGUCACCAUUGGCACACGGACUGAAAACAGCAGGAAAAUAUUACAAAGUGGAGAUGACAAGGAUGUGUCCAAGAACUCGGUUGUUCUGCUGCAACACAUUAAAGGAGUAGAAAAACCUGAAACUUUAGUUGAAUAUAAAAGCGACGAAGAUAUUUCUUCAAUGAUGGCCCCAAAAUCUGUGGAUUUUCUUGAUAUCUACACUAGCAUGAAUGACAGUUGCUGUACUGAUGAUAUGAGCAGCAAAUUGCAAUUGUCCAGUACUGAGGAAGAAGACCUGUACUGUGGUGUGGAGGACAUUAAGGAAAGUCAUCUGAGGAGUUCAGAUUCAGGCAGUGGUUUAAGAAGUGACCAUAUCUUACAUGAUGAAAUUGAACAUAAUUUGACCAAAGUGGAGGUUGAAAAGGCUAUAAGUUUGACGAAUGAUAAUUAUCAUCAGUUACGGACGAUUGUGUGUCAGGCACUGGAGAAAGGCAAGCCACUCCCUGCUUGGAUAAUGACCGAGGAAGCUUCACAGAUUCCCAAAAAAUUAUCCGGGGAAGGCUACAGCUGGAUUAAUCAGUGGUGUGUUGAACAGAAACUUUGUGGAAAUUCCAUUGAACAACUGCAAAUUUGUCUGGAAACGCUUCAGAAGAAGUGGGCAUUAAUAUGUUCCAUACAAAGCGAGAGUGGAAGAGCAAAUGAAUGCAAGAAACUGGUUGAGGAUCAAGUGACUGAGCAAAAAGUAUAUGAAGGCAUAAAGUUUCUAAUGCUAUACAAGGCUAUUCAUCUUCACAAUACCAUGGAAAAUGGAAGAACUGUUCCUGAAUUUUGUAAACAUUUGUUUGCAAGGAGUACCUCGCUUUACCCAUAUUAUCUAAUGAUAAACCAUCUAAAUUUGAUUGGCCACACCAGAUGUUUUGAAGAGGCUGAGAGAGAGCUCCUGUAUCACACUUUGGAAAUUGCUAUGACUGACCACUUUGUUUUGGAGUAACUGGAUCACUGGCAUUCUCAAGUAAUGAAAAUCGACAUGUAUCCACUGAAUAAAAUCAAAUUGUAACAGCAUACAAUGUAACAGCUUACAAAGGACAGCUGACAUUCCUACAACUGCUGGAUUCAAGUCUAGUCACUUCAAGUUUACUGUUAUAUGCACAAGUAUGGUGAGGUAUAGGUGUAAUACAAAUCUUGCUUGCAGCAGCAUCGCAGGCAGUCAGACAACAUACAUUAUAUGAUUUGUAUGAACAUUGUACAUGAAUAACAUCCAAAUUCAGCAAGACCAAAACAGAUUGUAAAAAUAUGCAAUUAGAAAAAAUGCCACGGUAGUCCAAAAGGAGUCCGUAGAUUCUAGGAAAUAGAAGGAACUGCAGAUGCUGGUUAACAAACAAAGUCAACGUGCUGGAGUAUCUCAGCAGGUCAGGCAGCAUCUCUAAAGAAUGUGGAUAGGUGACGUUUUGGGUGAGGACCCAAGAAACAGAUACGUCCAGAUAGGGCCUCCUCUAUUGCUAGUGAGGCCGCACGCAAAUUGGAGGAACAGUGCCUCGUAUUCUUCUUGGGUAGCUUUCAACCCAAUAGUAUGAACAUUGAAUUUUCCAAUGUUAGGUAACUAACCUACAAAAACCUUCCCUGUGCCCCAUCUGGACUUGCACCUACUUCUCCCUGUCCACCUACAUAUAUAUGUUCUUUUGGCUUCACAAUUUAUACCGCUUCUACCCUUAUCUCACAGCUUUGCCUUUUCAUCUCUAGCAUUUGUCCAACUAUCUGCCUAUCAAAAAAAAAACCUCGUCUGUAUCCAUAUCAGUCACCAGGCGUUGUCCUGCCCCUCCUCUAUUCCAGCCUUCUUCCCCCUCACAUCACCACACAAUCAGUCUGAACAAGGGUCCCAUCUCAAAACAUUACCCAUCCACAUUCUCCAGAGAUGGUGCCUGACCUGCUGAGUUACUCCAGCACUUUGUCUUUUCUAUAAAUUAUGUUCAUUUCAAAUGGCUAGAAAAUAAAGCAUUAAACUGAUACAAAAAGUGUUUUUUUUUUAAACAAAUAGCUUGCAUCUAUAAAGUGCAAGCUAUGAGGAAAAAGAGUUGCAUUAAAGUGAGCUGUUCUGCACUUAACAUUCAAUUAAGGAGUGAAAUAAAAGAAUGAAUCAACUGGGCUUAUAUUCACUGGAGAUGAGAGGGGAUCUUACAGAAACAUAAAUUUCUUAAGGGAUUGGACAGGCUAAAUGCAGGAAAAAUGUUUCCAAUGUUGGGGAAGUCCAGAUACAGGGUCACAGUUUAGGAAUAAGGGGUAGGCCAUUUAGGACUGAGAUGAGGAACAACUUUUUCACCCAGAGAGUUGUGAAUCUGUGAAAUUCUCUGCCACAAAGGCAGUGGAUGUAUUCAAGAGAGCGUUAGAUAUAGCUCUUAGGGCUAACGGAAUCAAGGGAUAUGGGAAGAAAGCAGGAACACGGUACUGAUUUUGGAUGAUCCACCAUGAUCAUAUUGAAUGGCGGUGCUGGCUCGAAUGGCCUACUCCUGCACUGACUUUCUGUUUCUAUCAUUUGUUUGCAGAAAUAACAUUGCUUAAAAUAUGAUGACAACAAAAGCCAACUUUCAUAAGAUAGCAUAAAAAAGUCAGCGUCACAGAAAUAUUGUCAAAAAGGUAAUACGGUCAAUAUCUGUUGCUCCUGGAGCUGCCCUCAUCAUGAGGUAGGCUCUCCAAGGCAAGCAGAGCUCAGAGUAUGUUUGACUAAUUAGGAGAGCACAUCCUCCUGACAACAGCACGCCAUAUUUAUUUUCGGCCAAAUCCGAUUCACACAAGGAGACUUUGGGGGCAAUUAUCAAAUGUUUUGUCAGAAGAGAUGGUACCUUAAAGAGAAGAAAGAAGAUUACAGAAGUAAACAGUAGGAAAUUAAUUUAUAGUUUAAUCUCCUGGCAAUGAAAGACAAGCUAGGAGCAAUAAAUUCAUAGGAUGCUGAGAAGGCUGAAAUUAGUGUAGAAUGUGCCUGUGGGAAAGGGUAUAAGGGUGGAGGACCCCCUGAUGAAAUUUACAAGAAAAUAAAUAAGAAUUGGGAGUUGCUUAAUCAGAAGCUAGGGAAAGUCAACAAGAAUGAGGAUUAAUUGAAUGGGGUGUGAUUAAAGUGAGGGCUCAGCAUUUUGGAUGGUAGCAAGUUUGUAAUGAACAAAAGAGGUCACAUCCAUAGGGCACUGGAACAGUGAAGUAAUGAGAUGGACACCAACAAGGUGCCAGAUCAUCAGAAGCAGCAGCAAAGACUGGCAAACACUAGUUGGCUGAAAAGCAAUGCAAGAGAUGGGAUAGCUAUGUGGGCUGAAACUGGCUGGUUAGCAGGCAACAAACUAAACUGAAACUAAGAUGAUCAACACUAACUCAAAAAGCUUCAUGUUCUUCAAUUAAUUGUUAGCUUCAUAUCAAGAAUGCAGACAAACAGCACCUUCCUUGGUUUUAGUAUCUCAUGACAGCUGAUGUAAAAAAUAUAUAUUUUUGGUCAAUAUCUGUUGCACCUGGAGCUGCCCUCAUCAUGAUGUAGGCGCUCCAAGGCAAGCAGAGCUCAGACUAUGUUUGACUAAUUGGGAGAGCACAUCCUCCUGCCAACAGCACGCCAUAUUUAUUUACGUCCAAAUAUAGCCAAAUUACAUUUAAUAAUGAAAUAUUAAACAGUAGUUUGAAAUAUUGAAAUUUAAACAGAUGGAACCACAAUUACAUCUAUUUUUUUUAGUCCUUAUGAAUAGUAGUAGACUGCUAUAGAUUCAUCACUGCAUGAGACUAAUGGCAUUUCCAUAGUCUUAAUGGAUGUGAUUACAGUACUUUAUUAGAUUAUCUGCAUUGGGAUUGCUCCAUUUCUUUUUGGUAUUAUAAUCAAUUGACAAACUUCAUAAAUAAUCUGUUGCCUCAUUGAUCUGUAUCCAAAGCUCUACUGAAAUUCUUACCUAUGUUACAUUAGUUCCAGAUGAGCUAUUUUAACACUUUCCUCACCAUGCUCUCAUUCUCUGCAAACACAAGCUCACACAAACCACUCUUUCUUGGUUAAUUACACACAGUUUGGAGUAAGAUAACAAAUCAUUUUCUCCAAUUUAAAUUGUACCAAUUCACAUACUUAUCAAGCAAUUUGCUUUUAUUUUAGAACUGGCAUUAUGUUCUGGUCACCUGUCACCCAUCAUGUUAUGGGCCCACAAAUGCUCCUAAUAUCCCCCAAACUUUCAUUUUAAAUUGCUCAUCAAGUUUAGAUCCCUUCAUAUCCUUUCUUUGUAAUCUCGCAAUGCAAUAACAUCCCUCGUCCCUAAAAAUCUGUUGCUGUAACUGAUUAACUCAACUUUAAAAUAACAUGGGGACAUUUCUUCUCCAUUGAACAUUUGUUGGUUCAUUUGUCAAAAGAUUACAUUUAAUCUUUAAUAAGUAAUGAAGCAACAGUAUGUGGCCUCUAGUUAAUCUCUCCAUUAAAUCUACUACCAAAAACCCUGACAUCAGCCAGAAACACAGGCUGGAGUAACUUGGAACAUUUUGUUCAAAAUGACAGAGUUGUUCCAUCAUCAAACUGAUUCUGGAAGGACAAUGGUCAGCUUCUUUUCACAUUAAUAUGAGCCCGCACAUUCUGAACGAGGAUAACAUAACAAAAGAAAAAAUAGGAAUUAGUGAGAUUUUUACAGCAUAUCAGGCAGCAAAUUCCCAAAACAAUAGUAUGAAAAACUAACAGUUUCUGUCUGAAGAAGGAUCACGACCCAAAACGUCAGCUGUCCAUUUCUCUCAACAGAUGCUGCCUGAUCUGUGUAUCUCAAGUAGUUUGGUUUUUGCUCAAGAUUCCAGCAGCUGCAGUAUAUUGUGUAUCUGUAAAUAAUUUAGCUGUUACAAGAAAAUUCCUAAAAUCAAUUUGCAACCUAGAAUCUGUCCAAGAUUUAUCAAAUCUGUUGCUAUUUACUAGUCAUUGAACACCAGUUACUAACAUGUGCAGAACAAAUCAUGACUGUAACAGUAUAGACAUUGCAAUAUCUUUGCUAAAAGGACAAUUAAAUGGUCCUACAAAAAUGUUAAACAUAAAAAUAUUUCCAUUUACUGGGUCAUUUAAAAUGGGUUUGAUCAAUGUCUCCUCAUCUAGCAUUUAUAUUGAGUGUGUCGUCUUAUUUUGAUUAUUUUUAAAUUUUGUAUAGUAGCUUAAGAUGUUAUUUUUUUUCAAAUAUUCAUGGAUGAUGUAAAAUACCUGGAUUAACUCUUUACGUUACAGCCAUACUUACUUAAUGUUACUGUUUAUAUUUGUAAUUAUGUGCCACGAACAAAAGAAUUUUUAAAAAUAAAUUUGUUAUUUCAAUAAUGGAAAAUACUUACAUUGCAAUGUGAAUAAACCCAAUGAUUAAACUAA